AAAACCUCAUGUCGGCUUCAGAACCACCCCCACAGAAUGAACAAAGACGACCACACGCUCAUAAUUAAUCGCUCGAAGGACUAUUGGUUCGAAGACGGAAACAUUAUCUUGCAAGUUCAGCAAACUCAAUUCUGCCUGAGCAAAUCAAUACUCGCCCUACACUCGCCUGUUUUCCGCCAAAUGUUUUCCGUCCCGUCACGGUUGCCUUUGGACGAGCCGCUGUCAAAAGAGUGUCCUAUCGUGGUCCUGAGAGACGAGAGUCAGGACUGGGAGCAUCUUCUUGGCGUUAUUUUCCCCAAAGAUUCAUCAUUUGCAAGGCCUCCCAGUCGUCCAACCCGAUCAUCAAUCUGGCGAGAGAACUCGGGCUAUUCGAUCCUACCUAGCGCGUUCUACCAUCUCAUCGACUAUCCGGAAGGGAUCCAUGACCAUAAUUUGGUCAAGCUGGACAACAUACAAGACCGAGCCGCUUGCUUGAGAGCAUAUAUCGAGAUCCUCCGCUCCUUCAACAACGCCCCAUUGAAACUUGAAUGGCUAAGCGCGAAUUCUGGGAUCUCAUGGGUCGGAUGCACGAGCAAGUUACGUUGCAGCUCCGAAAGAAAAGAGCUCUUGAUGGCGCUGUUACCGAAUACCGAUUUCGUGGUUGCGGUAUUGGGUGGGUGGAAUAGGACAUGGGAUGAGAAGAUGUGUGAGAGCUGUGUGGGCGAAGCUAAAGAAGUCUUUGAAGCUGCUCGCAACAUUUUCUGGGAAAAGUUGCCGUCGUAUUUCGGGUUGGACGACUGGGAGGCCUUGCAAAUGAUGAACUUGGAAUAG